AUGGUAGCAAGAGCUGGUUGGGCUGGUAUGAGAAAUAUAAGAGAAAGUACACUUAUAUGCAAGAAUAAUGAAUUAGAAAAGAAAUUAAUAUUCAUGUAUCUCUAUUACAUAUGUACGUCUAUUAAAUAAAUAAAAAAUAUUAUUGUUCACAUCACUGAUAUUCAUGUAAUCAGAAAGGUAACAGAAAUUUUAAGAUCUAAAAUGGAUGAUUCCUUAAGCACGAUACACGUGGAAAGAGAUAGAGGUAUAAAUAAUUUAAUUUUAAGUGCUAUAUUAUUACGAAUAGCGACGGCUAAACUUGAAUAA